AACUUUGUACUCUCCCUAGUUCCCAGGCAGUGGGUUUUACCAAAAGCACUUGAACACAACGCGAAUUCUCGGCGGCAGACACGGUCUUUUUGAAGUUGAAUUUUCCGGCUGGAGGCGACUCUACAUUCAGACUCAUGAGUGACUGUGAAGAGACAGACUUCUUCUGGGAAUCUUGGACUUCACCUAAGAAGAAAAAAAGAAAAAAGGGCAAAAAACAUAUAAAAUACAAAAACACUAUCACGGUGAAAACAGACAAGUGUGUCCAGAAGAAAAAGAAGAAGAAAAAAUCCAAAUUCAAAGAUGCAAUUGAGGGAGGGAAAGAAAGAAAGCAGAAAGAAAGGAAGAAUAAGAAAAAUAAGUUGUCAGUAGGACAAGAUGAGAGUUUUAUAUUUGCACAGGGUUACUCUGGUGAAUCUGAACCAGUGGUGAAAUCAAGAGCAUCAAACCUUUGCAGCACUGAAAAGCUAACACCUGAUCACCUGACUCAAGACUCAAGAAAAAAACUUAAAAGGAAAAAGAAAGUGGUGUUUGAUUUAUCGCCAGGCUACAUGAGUGUCAAACGUCCUAAAUUUGUCUCUUCGUAUCUUCAAGACAACAUCCUCCCAGGGAAAGACAGUGAGCAUUGUUCACAGGUCACAGUGAUGGGGCUUAGCCAGGGUCAACGACAAGACAGUGAUUCUCAGUGCACCAGUGAUAUAAACAGCCAGGACCUUUUUAUCACGCAAAAGACAUUUGUAGCAUUGCCCUCUGAACCCUCCAGUGGUGAAGCCAGUGACAAAGCAGAUACUACAGCUCUCCAAAAAAUAACACAGCAAGAAAGUGGGCAGUACUCCUCUGUGGUUCAGAUCAAACAUCAUGAAGGAUCAAACCCACACCUAUGGGACCAUUUUCAUCAGCAUCCCAGAAAGGCAAAAGAACACCUGCACAUGCCAGAAACAGUAACCACUGUUAUCAAAGAAGAAGAUGAAGAAGAGGAGAAACAAGUGUCUGGGCCUGUGCAUGUAAAACCCAGCAUAGUGAAUCCAUACCUGGACGAUCCAGUUGUAGUAAACUGGCCCAUGCAUGUAUCAAAAUCAAAGAAACACUCUUGUAAGUCAAGCCAACAGUCUCCUCUGUCUCCCGUAAAGAGAGACAAGCAUUCCCUGCUUCCCCAGUUGCCAACAGCAAGCAUUUCUACACAGACAGAAAACUUCUUCACCACUGAACUCUGUUCCUACCUCAACUUCUGCCAAAAAACUGGAGUGACUGGACAUUUUGAAGGCUUAAAACCGCUAGACCUGAGUCUUCCAUUCAGGGCCAGGAAUAACCUCGGCAGGUGUUUGUCAGGUAUUCAUGUCAAAGUUGAUGAAGAAAAGUCCGGUGAUCAGAAACCAUCAUGUUUACCAGAAGGGAUGAAAGUUAACGGUCACAGAGACCCCAACUUGCGUCUACCUUGUUCUUCAGAUAUGAAAGGUGCAGAGGUAAAGCCUUGUGGUCAGCAGCCGUGUUCUGUCAGCACUCAGGGUAAAGAUGAAACAACUUCAAGCCUCCAGUCUGAGCCAAAGUCUGCAGACACAACAACCUCCGGCGAGGACGAGCCCCCCUGUCGCAUCGCCAAACUAUACCCAACCCAGGUCAGAGCAGUUCAAAUGAGACUCAAUGAGUCCUUCUUUUUCAAAACAAAGGGAGAAGGCCAGUCACCCAGACCCGAGUCUCCACUGAUGAAACUUGUUCAGGGCAGAGAGAUGAAGAGCAGGAAGAGCCACUGAGGUCAGAAGGAAGGAUGCAAUUGAAGGUUUUUGGACACCUAGCAUUGUAGUGUUGAAGUAGUCUGCAUAAAAGAACACCACAUGUGGGUGGACCAGGUAAAUACAAGUCAAAUCGUUAUGCUAAAUCUCAUUCACAUCAGUCAGAACAGUUUGUCUUUGUGAUGUACAAUAGACACUGAAAAUCCAUCUCAGAAUUAACCCUUUGAAAGUAAAGAACACAGUCUUUAUUGUACCGAUAGUGUUUGGUUACGAGUAAAUUGUUGCAGUGUUCUAGGUUUGACAUUUGUCAGUAUAAGGUUUGAAGUACACAGGUUUGUUUCUCCUUUAAAUAUCAGCUUAAGUGGCAGUUGCUUUCAUUCUUUUACAAAAACUGUGACAUCAAAUUGUAGUUCAGAGCUUGUCUGUCGUUCUGUAUGAAAACAACUUAUCAAUUAAAGUUCAUAU